AUGGCGUCGAUGCAGCGGUCAUGCUGGCGGCAGCUGGCGCGGGCGAACGUUGCAGCUCCGUCGCAGAGGAGGGCGGCCUUCUCGGCGGCCAGCUCCAUCACUAAAGCACCAAGGACCCUGUCUGCGGCGAGGUCUAGCAUUCCGAGACGUUUCUACAGCUCCCAGCAGCAGCAGACGCCGCCUCCACCUCCUCCCCCUCCUCCGCCAAAGGAGGACAAGAUCAAGUUCUGGCCUUUUGUGGUCAUUAUUGGUCUGGCAACAACCGCGUGGAUUGGUCUGGUUAAUCAGAGGAAGGAUAUGCCCGGCGUUCCACCUCAACAACAAGUCGGCCUCGGCGGCCGCCUCCCUGCCCCGGCGAAACCUACACCUACCUUCUCCGCGGACGACGUCACCGUCGUUUUUGUCCUCGGUGGACCCGGCGCUGGCAAGGGCACCCAGUGCGCCCAACUCGUCGAGCGCUACGGCUUCACCCACCUCUCCGCCGGUGACCUGCUGCGCGCGGAGCAGGAGCGGCCCGGGUCGCAGUUCGGAGAGCUCAUCAAGGACUGCAUCCGCAACGGCGCCAUCGUGCCCAUGGAGGUGACGGUGCAGCUGCUCGAGAACGCCAUGACCGAGGUCGUCGAGGAGAACAAGAAGAAGAGCAAGGACGGGUCCUCCAAGGCCAAGUUUUUGAUCGACGGCUUCCCCCGCAAGAUGGACCAAGCCCUCAAGUUCGAGGAGACUGUCUGCCCGGCCAAGUUUGUCCUCUUCUACGACUGCCCCGAGGCAGAGAUGGAGCGCCGCCUCCUCGAGCGCGGCAAGACCAGCGGUCGGGCCGACGACAAUGCCGAGAGCAUCCGGAAGCGCUUCCGCACUUUUAUCGAGACCAGCAUGCCCGUGGUUGACCACUACGAGAAGGAGAACCGUGUCGUCAAGAUUGAUGCCACACCGCCCCCUGACCAGGUCAGCAAGGAGACCCAGAAGCGCAUUGAAAGCCGCCUGGGCUCCAGCUUCUAA